CCGCCGCUGGUGAACGGCAGCCUGGCGCUGGCCUUCCAGGGCACCGCGCCGCCGCCCAACUGGCGCCGGCCCGCCUACCUGCUCAGCGCCGACCCCAACAACACGGGCUUCGUCAACCAGGACUUCGUGGUGUGGAUGCGCACGGCCGCGCUGCCCACCUUCCGCAAGCUGUACGCGCGCAUCCGCCAGGGCAACUACUCGGCCGGCCUGCCGCGGGGCGCCUACUACGUCAACAUCACCUACAACUACCCGGUGCGCACCUUCGGCGGCCACAAGCGCAUCAUCUUCAGCAGCAUCUCGUGGAUGGGCGGCAAGAACCCCUUCCUGGGCAUCGCCUACCUGGUGGUGGGCUCGCUCUGCAUCCUCAUGGGCUUCGUCAUGCUGGUCGUCUACAUUCGCUACCAGGACCAGAACGACGACGAGGACGACGACGAGUGACGCCCGCUUCACACCCGCCCCCUCCCCUCUCCCACCAAACCGACCCCGGCAUUCUCCUUCGUGGGAUGAGCAGGCCAGGGAAAGGAAUCCCCUCCGCCCCAGACGGCGCCCUAAGCACUUUGGCUGGGCUGUUGGGACUGCCAAGGGGAAGGUCUUGGGCAUUUCCCCGGCAUUCCACUCUUUAAAGGCUGCAACGUGCGAGAGCCUAAGGGAGGGUAAGGACUCCUAAUCCGAAGGAGAAGCUGAGUCCUCGAGAUACCAAGUAACUCAUUCAUGAUCAACACCUGCUUAUUGGCUCCUGGCUCUUGAGUGUAGAGCUUUUGCCACUAAAGUCGGUGUACACCCUCUCAUCUCCCCCUCCCUACGUGUCUCCUCUCGCCUCUUCUCGAUCUUCUCCUUUCUUUUCUUUUUUUGAGGGGUAGGAGGGAAGGUGUGGAGUGACCCUCAGGUAACCUGCAGACUGUGGUUCUCAACUUGUGGGUCACGAUCCCUUUGGGGACCGCACGACCCUUUGACAGGGGUCGCCCAA